AAGAAGCUUUUUCCCAUAGCACUGAUGAUUUUAUCUAUGACAAUGAAAUAUGUAUAACUAUCAUUUCUUUCCCGUAUAAUUUAUCGUUAGGAUUUUACACUCUGAAUAUAAAAUUUAUGGGACUUUUAGCUGAAAAUGGAGGAUUCAGAAAUUACAUAAAUCAACAAAAUGAUAGAAUGUGGUUGGCCGCAACGCAUUAUUACAAAUUUGCGAUUCGAAGAUUAUUUCCACUUUUAAAGGACACUAUAUAUGCUAGUUAUAGCAUUUCUAUAAAGCAUCAUGAAAACUUCAUGGCUUUAUCAAAUAUGCCUAAGAUAUGGGAGGAAAUAAAAGUGGAUGGAAAUAAUAUGCAAUGGACACGCUUCCAAAUUACUCCCGUAAUGCCCGUUUAUUUCAUAGCGGCGGGUGUGUUUAAUCUCUUCUUUAUUACAAGUUGGAAUACCAAAUUGUUGUGCAGAAAAGACAUACUGCCAUAUAUGACAUUUGCACACAAUGUUGCUCAAAAUAUUGCGUGGUUUUUGCCGCAAAUCAGGAAAACUAAAGAAACUAAUCACAUUGCGAUUCCGGAAUUACUCAAUGUGGAAGAGAUAAUAUUGGGAUUCGUUCUUUAUAGAGAAGAAGAUAUUAUCUUUAAUGAAAAAAUAUAUGCUGAGAUACGCAAAAUUGAAAUAGCGCGAGUAAUAGGAUAUAAGGUGGCACACGAAUGGCUUUAUAAUGCAAUCGAUCCGUAUAAGUGGGAACCAUGGUUAAGCAAAGGCUUCGCUACAUAUUAUGGAAUUUACGCUGUCGAUCAGAAAUUCCCAGAUUUUCGGAUACAAGAUUUCUUUGUGGUUCAAAUGCAACAUGAUUUUCUUCAUUGGAGCACCAAGGACACAUGGCCACUUACAAUCAAAUCGGAAUUCAAUAGCUCUUUUAAAGUACCUCGUUUCAUCAAAGCAAGCCUUAUGUUCUACACGUUGCAAACUUCCUCAGAAAAAGUUUUCAGGAAAAGUAUCAAAAGAUAUUUAAAUUAUAAUUAUAUAAGCAGUAGUGAUUUCUGGAACGAAAUGCAAGCUGUCAUGUCAGAAUCAUCUUCCAAAAUGAAAUACAAAUUAGAAGACAAAAUAACUAAUUGGACACAGCUAAAUUAUUAUCCUGUGAUAAAUGUGGAAAGAAAUUAUGAUAAAAACAGUUUGAAUAUAUCUGUAGAAGAUUUUAAUGUAGAUAUAUGGAUAUUGAAUGAAUAUAUAGAUAUGAAUAUUGUUACGGAGACCCAUUUGAAAAAUAUUUCGAUUCACGUGUGGCUAGUACCACAUAUUUCACAUAUUAUUACAGAUCUCAAGAACGAGAAUGACUCUGUAUUGGUCAAUUCACAAAGUGGAUGUUAUCGCGUCAAUUAUGAUGCCAGGAAUUGGAAUAGACUUUCGCACUACCUGAACUCCAAAUUCUUUGGAAAAAUACAUGUUCUCGAUCGUGCUAAAAUCAUCGACGACGCAUUUCAUUUUCUGAUGACAGGUCGACUAAAUUCUACUGUAUUCUUGGAUAUUUUACAGUAUCUGAGGCGAGAUACAGAUUAUAUCGCAUGGUAUCCUAUGUUCAAAAACUUGGAAUAUAUCUCGGGUUUCUUAGCACAUCCAGAAAGCGCAUAUAGUCCUAUAAAGGUAUAA